GGUGAAAGAGGAGUAUGUCAGUUGAUUCCAUGCAGGGCUUUUGCAUUCUCAUACUUCACUGACAACCUUUGGAUUUCGCCCCCCAGGGCUGGUAGGCAGCUCCUCCGUGCACGAUCUCACGCGCAAGUGACACCUGGAUCCCACAGGCCAGGAAGCCGACACAGUAGGGGGACAACGCACCGUCUUGGACAGAAAGAGGCAGGAAAUCGGUGCUGCAUCGAACAACGGCAGAGCCCCGGUGUCAUGACCGAGAAACGGAUGUCCCGGUGGUAUUUCGGCGGGCUGGCGUCCUGCGGAGCCGCCUGCUGCACGCAUCCUCUGGAUCUCCUCAAGGUACACCUGCAGACGCAGCAGGAGGUGAAGAAGAGGAUGAUGGGGAUGGCCAUUCAUGUGGUGAAAAAUGACGGGGUGCUGGCUCUUUACAACGGCCUCUCUGCUUCUCUUUGCAGACAGAUGUCCUAUUCCCUCACCAGAUUUGCCAUCUAUGAGACAGUGAGGGACAUGAUGGGCAGCACAAGCAAAGGCCCUAUGCCCUUUUACCAGAAGGUCCUGCUGGGAGCCUUUGGGGGAUUCACCGGUGGGUUUGUUGGCACGCCGGCAGACAUGGUGAACGUCAGGAUGCAAAAUGAUAUGAAACUACCACCAGAGCUGAGGAGAAACUAUAAACAUGCCAUUGAUGGGCUUUAUAGAGUCUUCAGAGAAGAGGGUUUAAGAAAACUGUUCUCAGGAGCUUCCAUGGCCUCAAGCAGAGGAGCGCUGGUCACUGUUGGACAGCUGGCGUGUUAUGACCAGGCCAAGCAGCUGGUGUUGGGGACAGGCAUGAUGGGGGAUAACAUUCUCACUCACUUUGUUUCCAGCUUCAUUGCUGGAGGCUGUGCUACAUUCCUGUGUCAACCUCUGGAUGUGAUAAAAACAAGGUUGAUGAACUCAAAAGGAGAAUACACAGGGGUGGGGCAUUGCUUACGGGAAACUGCCAGACUGGGCCCACUGGCGUUUUACAAGGGCCUCGUCCCCGCAGGGAUCCGCUUGGUUCCACACACGGUCCUCACCUUUAUUUUCCUCGAGCAGCUCAAGAAAUACUUUGGCAUCCGCAUCAUCUCCUGAUCUGCUCAUUGAUGCCGUCACGGCAGACCACCAUGCUGCUUCAUCAUUGUGCUCUACAUCAUUUUCAAGAAAAGAAGGGAAGGAAGGAAACGUGAACAGGUCAUGGUUGGCUUGUGCUUGAUUUCCUUCGUCUUUUUCCUCCUACCUCUAUGCCACAAGUCCAAGUGAAAUGAUUUUAAUUCAAACGCACAAAUGUAUGGAAUCAUCGAGCCACUGUCGGAAUAAUAAUGAGAAAUAAAUGAUUUUACAUAUAACGGUACUGUAAUUAGAUUGUUACAAUGACAGACUGAGUUCAGGGGAGCCCAGAAAUUCAGCUGUCAAGUUGAUGAUGGGAUUAAUUUUGACUUUAGUUACAAAUGAAUUUUUUCAUUCUGGUGUCACACAAAACCAAAUUUACCAUUGAUGUGUGGUGCCUUUGCAGCCCACACCAGCUCAUAACUAGUAGAUAUGUGUUCUCUUUGGUCCAUUAAAACAUUCUGUUAUGUGUGACCAUAAGUGUGUUCGUCAUAUAAGUUCAAAGUUGUAAAAAAAACACAGCAGAGCAUCAUCAUCAGUGCCCCUCUAACCAGUCUAACACAUACCCCCAAAGACAUUACAUACACAAACUCGAACAAGCUUGUAGGUACUGAAACCGUAAUCGUUGCCCGCUGUGCUGACCAGAUGUGUUGGCAAUGCCCAUGUUGAUCUCUUACUUGUUUUCUUGUCACCUGAUUGAAAUUUAGAUUAGUAAAAAUCAGCCACUAACUGGUUGAAAUGUCUUGAAUUUUAACCUGAUGCUCCUUGAUUUCAUUCCACUGUCUUCCCUUCAUGUGAAAACUGGAAAAGUAGUGGACCAAGCUCGUCAAUGUCAGGCUUUUUCAAGCGAGGAGGGAGUUGGUGGGAAAACUGUGAAACAGAACAUGAUAGUUGAAAUCCUGGAAAUAAACAGAACCUCCUUUUUUUCCUAUCCAAGUGAAAUUCUGUAAUGUAACUUGAUCUCUACGAUGCUUGUUAAAUAUUCCUGUAGAAAACUCCAUUGUCAUACAAGUGUCACAUUUCCACCAGUAAUGCUACUUUGUAAUGUAGCUGCCUGUCAGAUCUUAGGACUCAGGAUGCUACCUUGUUUUAUAAGGCACUUUAUUAUAAAACUAAAGAACCUUAACUCAAACUGAAGAACCUGCUGCAUAGAAACAAAUGCUGUAUAUUAGUAUGUGUCCUAAAUUUAAAAGUUAAUAAUUUCAAAUAUUAAUGGUUGCUGUUGAUGUUCUUGUCCUGCUGUUGACGGUUAUUGUUCUGUAGUAAUUUUGAUCUGGAUUUGUGCCCUCUUGGCUGUGCCUGCUCAUCAUGUUGCCUUACAGUAUCUGUCCUGCAGGGGGCAGUGUUAUAUCGUGAAAUAACCUGUUUUGUGCAUCCUUUUAAGUUCUAAUCCUGGGGUGAAUUGUUCAGAUGUUUGUAGCCAAUCUUAGGGACUGUUCUAUAACUCAACCACAAUGUUGUUAAUGAUUUUAUUUACAUGCAAAGAAAUGUAACUGGAGGGACAAUUCUAGCUUGCAAAGUUACAUUUUGUAGAUCUUUAAUAAUUUUUUUAAAUUAAAGCACUAAUUGAAACUA